CCCGGUCCCACCCAGACCAUGCCCCGCCCCCGCCCCGGAUGUGAGGCCUAUCCGGCUAAGCCCGGGGCUCGCAGGAAGCCGGAGACUGAGGGGUGGUGGCCGUGGUCAGGGACCAGGAGGACGGGAUAGGCCCAUCGAUGCGGAGUCCCCAGCGGCUCCCUGAGCCCCUGGGUGUCUGGGCCGAGCCGAGCAGCUCGUGGGCUGGCGGCCUUCUGCCCUGCCUGAGGAAGGCGGCCGUGGCGGCGGCGCAUGUCAGCGCGAUCGGACUGAGCUUGUAUUUGGGAAUGCUAAGCCGGCUGGGGACCAGUCGUUUCUCUUGGCACCCAGCUUGCAUGACUCUCGCUGUCUGUUUUUGUAUGACUGAGGCCAUUCUGACAUUCUCGCUGGACAGUUCACCUUUCUUCUUUUGUUCGAUUAAAGCCAAGGUACGAAUUCAUUGGAUGAUGCAAGUCUUUGCCGCCAUCUUUGGCUCAGUCGGUCUUAUCUUCAUAGUCUCCAGCAAGAAUAUCUCCGAGUCCCUGCACCUGACCUCAUGGCACAGCUUCCUUGGGCUAGGGACUGUGAUUGCAGUCAGUGGCCAGCUGCUGUGUGGACUCUGCCUCUUGUUUCCACAGUUAAUUAACACGUACUCCGUGGCCCGGCUGCGGCUUUAUCACGCCACAUGUGGCCUGGUGACAUAUCUGAUGGCCACAGCUACAGUGGUACUGGGUCUGUGUUCUGAUUGGUUCAAAUCCCAGGUUAAUGGGGUUUUGUGGUACUUUUGUUUGAUUGUACCAGUAAUUCCAGCUCUCGUCAUCAUGAACCAAAUCAACAAUGGCUACCUCUCCAAGAAGAAAAUAGAGAUUUAAUGUGUCACUGUUAACAGUAAUUGCCACAUGCAGUGUGGACUACAACUUUCAAUUAUACCAAAUAAGAAGGAACCCGAAAUCUGAUGUGAAGUUGGCAUGUUGGUCUGAGCAAAUAACUUUCUCAUUUGAACAAAACAAGCUUUAAAAACUUUUAGUACUGUCUUUUCUAUUAACUAUUGAUUCCACACCUGGCUUAGUUGCAACUGGGAAUAAAUGCUGCUUUUGGCUAAUUGCUCUCUUCCUGCUUGCUGCUCACUGUAGGCUCUGGUAAUUGCAAGUCAAGUUGCUAAUGGAUGCAAUUGAUUUUAAGUUAAGGAUCAGAUGAAUGUAAACAAGCACCUUUGUGUAUUGCCAUUCAUGCAUUGCUGCUGUGAAUUUGGAGGGUGACUAUAUGUUUGAUGUUUCUGGGCAUCUUGAACACAAUAUAUCACAUGAGUUGCAAAACCUUGUAGGGCAGAGGAAGAGGGAAUCUGUGGUCAGCUGGGUCCCUCUUUGCUGCACUGCACUGGCUGUCAAAAUGUAACAAAUAUUAUUUAAAAUCACAAAGUGCAGCAACAUAUGUGGAUUUAUUUUAUGUAUUUGUAUAACUGUUAAAAGUGAAAAUGGAAAUGCUAUAACUAUAGUUCUCUUAUGAUAAAUAAGCAACGCUGCAUCUCAAGUAAUUAAUUCUUUAAGUUGUUGCAAUCUGUAGUUUCUGAAUCUUUUCACCUCAUUUAGAGCAUCUUUACAGAUAUAAUUAAUCUUGUUCAUCUUGUGAAAUAAUCAAAUUGUUAAAUUACACUCAUAGAACUUUGUUCAGGUCUCUCUGCCCCUUUAGGUAAUGAAUAAGAUUUGUGAUUUGUUACUGUGGGACAAUCCAAUAAUGUUAUACACACUUGUUGUGCUGUGUGGGACUUUAUUCUCUUGUAGCUCGGAUUCUUUACAAAUUUCAGGAUUUUUAAAAAACGUAAGAUUUAUGGCUACAAGCAACCCAAUAGAAACUUAACCUUAGACACUAGAAUUAAUUGAAUUGUCAGGAGGAGUCAUCGGCCAUGAUCUAAAGUAAGUUCCAGCUACAGUCCAGAAAGGGAGAGGGUGAGAGUAGUAAAUUCGAUCUAAUUAAGGGAUUUAGGGGGUUUAUAUGUAGAAUAAUGGAUACUUAGGAGUAAGUUACGGAUUGUAAUAUAAUUGGCGUCGUACGUACUGCAACAAAAAUCUGGAAGUGAGUUACAGAUUGGAUUGUCGGAGUUGAAUGUGCAGUUCAUACCACAUUUAAUUAAGUGAGUCAAUAGCUGAGCAAUAAUCGUGUUUGCUGGAAUUCAUCAAGUCUUUAAUUACAGAGAUUAACAUCUGUGGGUUGCUAAAAUUACACAGACCGAUGGUUUGGAGAGCGAGUGUAUCACUACUCGAAUUGAGAGAUCCUUGUCAUUAUGGGAAUCCCAGGUGCAGAUAAUGAAUGGGAUGACAGUCGCAACCCAGUUUCUGAUGUGCCACAGCUCAGGGUUGAUCCUAAUUUCAUUCCAGUGUGUUGGGCUGAUCUAGAAAACGGGAAUGUUGCAAUUGUAUGAGAAGGCAUACAUUUUCCUGAAAUUUAAACUAUGCAGUUAAUUUCCUGGAUUAUCAGGAAUUUUUACAUUACUUCUCUUUUACUUUCUUACUUGAAUAUUUUAUACUUAAUUAGCUGUAAAUGUUAAGUUGGUCCGGAAGGUUGCAGUGUGUUUUUUAAAGAAAAGGUCUGGAUUCUAAUCUAGCUUUAGUUGUAUGGGAGUUGAAUUUUGACUCUAUUGUAUGUGGCUCAGUAAUUUCACCUUAUGCAUGAUUGGAGAUGGAGUCUGAGUUAAUCAUCAUGCCAAGAUCGUGCCCAUUUUACUUUUCUGCAUUUUAAAGAUCUUUUAUCCUGUGUGGUAGCUUUGUUCUCUUGCAGUGUCUAUUUACUGGCACCAGAGGCUGUAGUUUCACAGUAUUUUAAACAAGACUGGAAUGUUACUUAUAAGAUGUUGUAUGAAACUUUCUCACUUUGCCCCUACUUUGCAUUCAUUUAAAAAUCAAUGCAAUCAAGUAAUGAUCCUUUAUCUGAUCUUAACACUUUCCAAAUAACGGGGAUGCUAGAAAAAUCCACAGCCUAAAAAUCAUGUGCAGAAAAUAAGCAUGGUUUCAAGCAGUUGAAUGCUUGUUUGAAUAUGGGGCAGAUGUUACACUGUCAGUAGCAAAACCUUUGUUAGACUGUUUGAUUGCUUUCUCUGCCAUCGCCCUUCCCCAUUAGCUAAAGGCCACAUGACCUGUCCAGUCUGGUGUUUGCAAUGGGACCUUAUAAUGCAAUUGAAAUGGUUGGCAUGUUAAACAGGCAGAUUUUUCUGUUGGUGGCUCAUCCUGAGCUAUAUCCUCCAAUAGUAUUUUAAUAAAUAGCACCAGCUAUUGUUUCUGCAUCACUAACAAAGGUUUUCAACCUACUUUCUUUCAAGUUGGAUCAUCACUGAACAGUAAGGGUACUGUACAUGUAUAAUGGACUCAUGGUACACAUUAUCUUAAUUUAAAGUCAGCUGGACCACUUAUAAGUAUCUAUGUUAAGGAUGAUGGAGACAGACUAAGCACAUAAAUACCAAUUUUUAUAAUGUGCAGUUUGCACACCAGGUUCUUUAAUCAGGUUAUUUCAUAUUGAUUGCUGUGUGAUUUCUGACAUGAAUCACUUCUUUAAUGUGACACUAGCUUGUCAGGCAGGAUUAUGCAAUGUACGCUUUCUGUUCAGUUUGUAAGGUGACGAGAAUUAAAACUGAGAUGGGUCAUUCAGCCAACUAUCAGUUCAUCUACCAUAGCCCCUAAUGUCUACCCCCCCCCCCCUAAUAUACAGCUGGUUUGAACAGCCAAUUGCACUGUAAAUGUUUCCACAGUAUCGCCUGCAGACCUUUAGCAAUCUAUUUCCAAGCUGACUUGAGCAGUAUGAUUUGAAUAUUAAUGUAAAGUUCAAAUUCUUCCCUCCUACUGGGUUUCCUGCUACCUCAGGAUCCAGUGAGUCAUUUGGAUAAUAUCAUUUAAUCUAUUUCAAGUCCUCUCUAAGAUAAGAAUUUCAUCUUUUCAAAAAUUUGCAGCCUGUCAUUUUUCCAGCCACCUGUUUGUUCCUCGACACUGUCUUCAGUGAGCAGUUGAGUCAUACAAAACAGGGAGGUAAUUGGUUCAAUCACCACAUUGUGCAGAGUAGGCUGAUUCCUGACUUGAACUGUGACGACGUGAAGUAACCACAGUCAGGCCAAGAUUGUCAUCCUUUGUUCCUGUCAAGUGACCCCACAGAGAGCCCAUGUGCAUGAUGAAAGCAUGUUAGAUAAUAGGGAAUUGAAGUCAACUGUGAUAUCACUUGUGGUCAAAUAGCCCACGUAAGCUGUAAUCCUCAAUUUCGAAGUUCCAUGAGGAAUAUAGACUGGAUGUUCGCAACUAUUUUAUCCAAAAUCAGUACCUUGGAUCCCUUGUAAAUGUGUGGUCCUAGCUUGUUUAGGAAUGAAAUCAGUUAGCACAGUUUCACACACAGGAUAGUGGAAAUUUGCAAUACCUUCCUCCAAAAACCUAUGGGUGGUCAUGGGCACUAAGAUCGACGGAAUUUUGUUAGGGCAAGGAUGUAUGAAAGCACUUCCUACCAUUUUUAAAUUAAAUGACAAGGACCAAUUUAUAGAGUCCGAUCUAUUGAAGAUAGACAACAUGUCUGCCAGUUUCACUGAGUAUUUUAACCUAAAUGAUCUAAUUUAUAAGUAAUAAAAACUUACUUUAUUUUUGAAAUAGAAAGGUAUCAGAAUUUAAUUCUUGUUUGGGGAGAAUAUUAAUUGUUUUCAUGUACUAAAAAUGGCUCUUCAUUUGAUUUGAUUGUGCAUGUAAACUGUACAGUUAUUAUGGUAUGUCCUCUGAAAUCUGUUACUUCAUGAACUGAUGGCUUUUUACCAUUAAUGGGAUGUGAGCAUUGCUAACAAUAUCAGUGUGAGUUGCCUUUUAAGGCACUAAAUCAGUUCAGCGCUAUCACAAGUGUAUGGAUUUGCAUUCUUCCUUUUGAAACAUGAAAAUUGACUGAAACUCUUUGCUACUGAUAUGGUCAGCAUUUGAGUUAAUUAUCUAUAAAUGAUUACAAUAACACAUUUUGCUUGUGCAGCAUGAGGAGUGGGAUCCAUUGGCUCCUUGGGUCUGUUUCAUAUACAAUUGGAUGCUUCAAAGUGUACUGUAUAAAUGGGGCAGGGAACAGACAGUCACCCAGCCACUGCACUGCGUCUCACCCCAAAAAACAGUAAUAACAUUAAUGAAUUAUGUUUAGUUCUGUCAGAUUCCCUUUGAGUGUUUUAAAAUUAAUCCUUUCAGCUGGUGCCAUUGAUUGAUAACACUUAUUAUCUUGGUGUUUGUCGUGAUUCGGGAGGAGAUGGUGCAAUCUUAACAAUGUUGUGAUUGUCAUGUAGUCUGCAGCCUUGGAACAAAUAGAAUACAUUUUCCCUAUUUUUAAUUAGCUAUAUCUAUAUUGUUAGAGAAUGGAAUCAUGUUUAAAUUAUAAUGUUGUGUAUAAUAUUGCCUUAAAGAAUGAUUUUUAUCUCUGACUUUGUGUCAUGCUACAGUCUGUAGUGUUAGAUUCUGAUAUCACUUUCUCCCUGUUGUUUGGACAUUGCGUAAGCACAUUUAAAUGCACUGAGACCUGGAGCACAAUUAAAUCAACAAUUGAUUACAACUUUUAAAAUAAUUAGAAUUUUUUUUUCAGGAAAGUUAGUGACUUCAAGGAGAGGAAGGUAGAAAAUCAGGACAAGGGAAUGACAAAAUAUUCUGAGUAAACUUAACUGUCACACCUUAGUUAGCCACCUGAUAUAUUUAACAUAUUUAAAUGUCUCUGAAAUGCAGAAUUAUUUUUUGUAAACAACAAAGAACAGUACAGCACGCGAACAGGCCUUUCAGCCCACCAAGCCUGCGCCGUCACUUGAUACCUUUUUUAGACUAAAAACCUUUUGCUUCCAUGCAGUCCAUAUCCCUGUAUCCUUUGUGAAUUUGUGUAUCUGUGCAGGUACCUCUUAAACAUUAUGCUGUACCUGCUUCUAUCACCUCCCGUGGCAGCACAUUCCAAGCACUUAUCACCCUCUGUAUAAAUAAAAACUUGCCACUCACAUCCGCUUUAAAUUUUUCGCCUUUUACCUUAAUCCUAUUCCCCCUUGUAACUGACAUGUCUACCCUGGGAAAAACUCUCCAAUUAUCCUUUGUAUCCAUGUGUCUCAUAAUUUUGUAAACUCUAUCAGUCCGCCCCCUCAGCCUCCAAACUUCAAGUGAAAACAAAUGAGUUUGUCUAAUCUCGCUUUAAAGCUAAUGCCUUCCAAUCUAGGUAACAUCCUGUUAAAUCUUUAUUAUACUCUUUCCGAUGCCUCCACAUCUUUUUGGUAGCGGGGGGGGGGCGAGCAGAUCUGGAUGCGGUAUUCCAACUGUGACCUAACUAAAGUCCUAUGCAGCUGCAACAUGACUUGUUAAUAUUUACACUCUGUGCCCUGACCAAUGAAUUCAAAUAUGCCAUAUGCCUUCUUGACCACCUUAUCCACUUGUGUUUCCAUUUUAAGGGAAUUGUGGGCCUAGAUCCCUCUAAAUAUUGACGCUUCUAAGGGUUCUGCCAUUUACUGUAUACCGCUUUUCAGCAUUAUACCUUUCAAAGCGUAUCACCUCGCAUUUGUCCGGAUUAAAUUCCACCUGCCAUUUCUCUGCCCAAGUCUCCAGCCUUUCUAAAUCUUGCUGUAUCCUCUGGCAUUCCUCCUCGCUGUCUACAACUCCCUAACAUUUCUCUCAUCUGCAAACUUAUUAAACAGACCACCUACAUUCUACUCCAAAUCAUUUAUAUAUGUAUGUUACAAACAGCAGAGUCCCAGCACUGAUCCCUGUGGAACACCACUCAUCACAGAUCUCCAGUUGGAAAAAUACCCUUCCACUGCUAUUCUGUCUGCUAUGACUAACUCAGUUCUGUAUCCAAGUGAUCGUGAAUCCCAUGUGACUUCACCUUCUGUAUUAGCCUGCCAUGUGGAACGUUGUCAAAGGCCUUGCUAAAGUCCAUGUUAACAAUAUCCACUGCUCUGCCCUCCUAAUCAUGUUCGUCACUUUCUCAAAAAACUUAAUCAAGUUUGUGAGACAUGACCUCCCCCGCGCAAAACCAUGCUGCCUAUUGCUAAUAAGUUCAUAUUUUACCAAAUGUGAAUCAACCCUGUCCCUAAGAAUCUUCUCCAGUAAUUUCCCUGCUUCUGACAUAAGGCUUACCUGCCUGUAAUUUCUUCAAUUAUCCCUGUUGCCUUUCUUAAACAAAGGAACAACUUUGGCUAUUCUCCAGUCCUCUGGGACCUCAUCUGUGACUAAAGAGGAUACAAAGAUUUUGUCAAGGCCCUGUAAAUUUCUACUGUCAGUAUUCUGUGAUAUAUCUAAUCAGGUCCUGAGGAUUAGUCAUCCUUAUUGCUUUUCAAAACACCCAUCACCUCUUCCUGUUUUAUUUCAACUUGCCCUAGAAGACCAACAUACCCCUCUCUAGGUGCACCAUCCACCAUGUCCUUCUCUGGGAAUACUGAUGCAAAGUAUUCACCCACAUACUUCACAUACACUCAUUCUCGCUCACUCAUUUCUCCUUUUGUCCAUGAAUGGACCUGCCCUUUCCCUAGCUACACUCUUGGUCCUUAUGUAUGUAAGUUUGUGUGUGUGUGUGGUAUAUACAUAUAUUAAAAAAAAACAUUUCUUAGGAUUUUCCUUAAUCCUGUUUGCCAAGGUCAUUUCAUGCAUAUGUGCAGUGGUUCACUGCAUUAAGUAUGUUUUACAUUCCUGUACAACCUCAAGCCACUGAAAAUAGGGACAUACUGAAAUAAAAACUCAAUACAGCAAUUACGCUGCAGGCAACAUUCAUGACAAUCAAGUUAACAUUUUAAUCAUCAACCUAAAAUGUUAACUCUCUCUUCAAAGAUGCUUCCUGGCCUGCUGAGAAUUUCAAGCAUUUCCUGUUUUAUUCAGGCAUGCGAGGCAAUGGCUGUUAAUCCAAAGACUCAGGUAAUGUCCUGGGAACACAAGUUUGAAUUCUGAAAUGGCAGAUGGUGAAAUUUGAAUUGAAUAAAUGAAAUUGAGCGUCUAAUGAUGACCAUGAAUCCAUUGUUGAUUGUUGGAAAAGCCCAUGUAGUUCACUAAUGUCCUUUAGGAAGGAAACUGCCAUCCUUGCGUGAUCUGGCCUGUGGACCCACAGCAAUGUGAUUGACUCUCAAUUGCCAUCUGGGCAAUAAGUGCUGGCCUAGCUAGCAUUGCCCUCAUCCUGUGAAUGAAUAAAAAAAAACUGCUGAUUUUCUGAAAAACUAAGUUAGGAAAUGGCAUCCACUGAUGUGUUGAACACGAGAUCUUGGAAUAGGCAAUUCAGGCUCCCAAACCUGCUCACUGGAUGCAAUAAACCCUUUGUACUUUUCACUGCCAGUCAAAACUUCGGCUGUACAUUCAACUUGAUUGUGUGACUUGGCUAACGUUGUUUUCACUCUUUGUGCAUACCAUGAUGGUGAUGACCAUUUGGCACAAGUAUAAAAUCUUGGAAUUCAAUUGCCUAAAGCAUUAAGGGUCCACCUACAGCUAAUACAGAGCCUAUGUAGUGUAUAGACUUGCUUUGUUGAAUAGGCUCUUACUGUGCUGCAAGUUCUCAACAUCAUGAAAUAGGAGUGAGUGUAGGCCAUUCAGUCAAGUAUACUCUACCAUUCAGUGAGAUUAUGGUAGAACUGAUUUGUAGGUUUAACCACUUUUUUGCCUUCACUCCCCUGUUGAUCAAAAAUAUAACUGUCUGGAAUACAUUCGGCAACCUAGCCUCCACUGCUGUUGAUAGAAGAGAAUUCCAAAGGCCCAUGAUGCUCUGAAUGAAGAGAUUACUCUUCAUCUUUGUCUUGAGGAGUUUCCCAUUUAUUUUUAAACUCUGCCCCCAGUUCUAGAUUCUCCAACACCAGGAAACAUUAUCUCAGUAUUUACCCUGUCAAGAACUCUCAGAAUCUUGAAUAACUGUGUCUACUAAUCUGUGUAUAGGCCUAAUCUGCUCAAACUUUCCUCAGAACAACUCCAUCAUCCCAGGAAUCAGCCUAAUUAGUCUUCUCUGAAAUGUUUCCAAUGCAAGUAUAUAUCUCUUUUCGUGUGUGCUGUGGUGCACUGGUAGUGUCAUUACCUCUGAGUCAGGAGGCCCCAGAUUCAAGUCCCACCUGCUUCAGACAUGUGAGAUAUCAUACCUGAACGGGUUGGUUAGAAAUAGCUAUACCUCAAGUAAGGAGACCAAAUGUUUUAACAAAGAUCUGUAGCUCAGGUUGUGGUUGGAGCUGUUGGUCGGUUCGCCGAGCUGACUGGUUUUUGUGCAAACAUUUCGUCUCCCUUCUAGGUGAUAUCUUCAGUGCUGUUGUUCUGUCCUGCUCCGAAUUUGUAUGGUCUGGUCUGUCAUGAUGGGCAGUCUUGGUUCCAGUUUUGUACUGUAGUGGUAUGUAUGCAUGGUAUUUUGUAUAUCAUGUGCAGCAACUGCAAAAAAUACUACAUAGGACAGAUGGGCAGGAAACUUACCAGGACACAUGGAAGCCAACUCGCAGCAAAACGGCACAACCGACUCUCCCUCGUUUCAAUACACUCCAACAUAGAAGGACAUCAGUUUAACUGGGACAAAGUUACAGUACCAGGACAAACAAAACAAAGACAAGCAUGAGAAUUCCUGGAGGCCUGAUUUUCAACCACCGGUGCGAUAAGCAUGUUGAAAUAGACCCCAUCUACACACCAAAGUGGACGACUUCUUAUUUCCCUACAUUAGGCACAAAAUUGGCAGUUUGACUAUUGUCACUACAUCCCUUUGCAGACUCUUCAACUCCUCAAUUUGCUUUCCUACCAAACUUUAUCAUCAAAAUUGGCUACAAUAAUAUCAGUCCCUUCAUCUAAGUCAUUAAUAUAGAUUGCAAAUCAUUUGAUAUGUGUAAUAAUGGACCACAGAAUGUCAGAGAUAUUGAUUGACUCAGUUGAUGCAGUUAGAAGGAGUUGCAUGUUGAGAGUAGGAAUUGAGAAGUAUCAGUAGAGCUGUCAGAUUCCUAUAGUUUGCAGUGUGGCUAAAGUGCUCGGAGAGAAAUGCAUGAUUGAUGUAUCAUGCACAGAGUCAGAAGUGUCAGCUUUCAGGAUGACUUGUCUUUCCCACAAUGCCUUGCUUUGCCUCAGGAAAUCCUAAAGCAUUUUAUAGGCAACAGAAUAUUUCAAAUGUAGUUACUUGUAGGGAAAUAUAGCUGCCAAUGUAUAAGCAGCAAGAGAACGACUAGUUGUGAUCCCUCAACCAAUAUCAUUAAAACAUGAGUAUUGGCCAAAGAUGCUGGAGAAUUCCUCGUGUCCACUCAUCUGAAAGGCCUCAACUGCACUGAACGUCAGCCCAAAUUAUAGGCUCAAGUCUCUGGAGUGAGACCUUGUACUUCGUACAUAAGCCCACUGAAUCAUUCCUGACACAGUCAGCCGCCUGCUAUUCCAAAAGAUUACUAGGGCCUUUUAAUGAAUCUGGUUAAAAUUUAAACUGGGUCUUCCUAGGGGUUCUUGGGCAUCAUUAUGACUGCAGUGUGUUAUGUGUUCUAUCAUUACAUUUAGCCUUCAGUGCGAUAUAGUUCUAAGUCAAGGUGAUGUGUAGCUUGAAGGCAACUUGCUUUAGAGAUUAAGUGUCUUAAUUAUUUUAAAAUGCGGCACAUACUACCGUUGAAGUCAAUCUUGUACAUAGCAAGGUCCUACAAAUGUCAUCAGAAACCAGUGGCCUAAGUAGGAUUUCUUGAUGGUGUUGGCUGAGCCAAGACUUCCUCACCCGAUUCAGAUGAUGCCAUUGGGCCCUGCAAUCUACUGCAUCUGAUAUGCUUGUAGAAGGUCUCAUUUGUUUAACAUCAUGCCUGACACAACUUUCCUUGACAAUGAGUUGGAGUGAGUGCCUCGAUGUAUGUCCUGCUGAUUAUAACCUAGAAGUGUUGGAUGUGGUUUGAUUAUUUUGUUUUUGAAUUGUCUGUUGGCUUCUGAUGGGCUUUUAAACUUUGUUACAGGUUUCCACAACUCCAAUCUAUUGAAUAGUAUAACUUGUUUAUGUUGUACAACUGUAUUGAAAUAAAAUUGCAGUAAAGCUAUUAAUUAAAAGAAUUGAAUGAUUGUAUUUUGCACCAUCCUUUAAAAUGUGCUAUUUUAAUAAAGGAUAUCUUGGUUUAUUGAAUUUCA